AUGAACAAAACCGUGACCAAAUCGAUAUCGACGCCCCAGCUGGGGAAGAUCGCCCAACCGCCGCUCGUACGGACGGAAAGCGAGGUCAUGAACACCAUCCCCGACCCCAGAUCGCCCACGCCGCAGUCAGCCCUGUCGCGGAACAACUCGACCGACUCGAACAUGCAUCCGGACCUUAGCCAGGAGGUUGCUACUCUGAGCACGAAACUGGUCAAUGCGAUCAAUCACCAGACGACUUUGGACGAUUCGCUGCAACAGACACGGCAUGAGCUAGACACUGCGAGGGAGAGGCUGAUACAGUUGGAAGCCCAGGUGGCAGCGCAUCAGGAGAUGGUCGCAAGGGGGCUGCUGGUCGAAAAGGAAGUGUACGACAAAAUGGAGAAGCAGCUGUUGAGCGACCUGCAGGAAGAGAGGAAGCGACGGCAGGACGCGGAAAAGGCGAAAAGGAAGACCGACGGCGAGGUGGAGCAGCUGACAGCGGCGCUUUUCGAGGAAGCCAACGUGAUGGUGGCAGCUGCACGGAAGGAAACGGAAGCCUCCGAGAAGCGUAACGAGCAGCUGAAGCAGCAACUGAGCGACACCGAGGUCCUUCAGUUGUCUCUUCAGGAGCAAUUGCAGGACCUCAAAGGCGUCAUGGAGAAGAUGAGUGCGCAUGGGGACGACGAGAGCAACACCCUUGGCACCACCACUGCACCCUCAACUCCCGGCAUCACGCCGGCCGACAAGAUGAGCAAGCUGUUUGAAGCUGCUAAUCUCACGCCUAACACCCCUGGAUCCGACGAGAUCAGCCCUGACCAUCCUCUACACUUCUCGCACCUUAUCCAUCCCAUCCUACGUGAAGAUCUUACCUCUGUCAGGGAGUUCCAGGAAAUGCUCCGAAUUAGUGCCCGCUCUGCCCCAGCCAGUCGUGUUUCCAGUGGCAAUUACGGAAGCCUGAACGUGCUCGGUCUUGGAUCUCUCACCAAUAACUCCACCAGCUCUCUGCCUUCCCUCGCAAAGUCACCUAAUUCUGUCGGCACCAACUCUCCACGGGACUCGGUUGCUAGCGCAGGCAUGCCGAACUUGAAGGACGAGAAAUUCUACAAGCGCGCCCUGAGCGAGGAUAUCGAACCGACUCUGCGCCUCGAUAUCGCCCCUGGUCUCUCGUGGAUGGCGCGCCGCACGGUGCUGAAUAGUAUUACAGCCGGAUCUCUUGUAGUAGAACCUAAUCCGCCACCUCCCAAGUUCCGUGGCCCGGUUUUCCCAUGUUCACUUUGUGGAGAAUCUCGGAAGGGCGACCGAUAUGCGAGGAAGUUCAGGUUCAAGACGUCGGAAACCGAAGAGACGCGACAUCCUCUCUGUGACUGGUGUCUAGGUAGGCUCAGGUCGACCUGCGACUAUAUUAGUUUUCUGAGGAUGGUCGCCGCCGGUCACUGGAGGGCAGAGACAGAGGAUGAGAAGAAAGCGGCCUGGGAGGAAAGCGUGCGUCUACGAGAGCGCAUGUUCUGGGCUCGCCUAGGAGGAGGUGUCGUGCCUGCGUUCAUUCCGAUGAGGGAGAGCCCACGCAGCCCAACAUUUGCGAACGGGACGGGAAAGCUGGAUGUGGCGCGAAAGAGCGAGGAGAGCCAGUUAUCUGACAAACCCCUGGAUUCGGCGGUCGACAUGUCGGAGCAGCCGAAAGAGGCGCGCAAGAGCGAGGAAGAUCCCUUCCAAUCGAAAGAGGACGAGAGGGUGAAGAGGGUCUCAAUUGGGAAGACGGUCAUCUCGAACCACGCCGUGCCAGCAGAAAGCCUCACCGACGAGGAGGAAAAGAAAAUAGAAGCGGAAGCUGAGGCGCAACUCCAAGCAGAAGUGCGAAAGUCCAUGGAGUUGAGAACAUCGGAGAAGUUGCCACUGCAACACCAACGAUCAGCCUCCACGCCAAUAUCCCCCGAUCCCUCACCGAGGAAGAAAGAGGAGAGGUUGAGCCUGACGAUCCCGGGGUCCUUUGAGUAG